CUCCUACAACACUGUUACUAUGUGUGUCAUGGCACUCAUGAUGCUGAAGGUGAUUCACGGAGCAGGAUCGAGGAAGCGACGGGAAACCUGCUGUCCUGGGGUAGCUGAUCAUCUCCCAGGCAUGGAGGUGACGGUCACACCUCCGGUUCCUCCCUCCCCACACACAUCAGAAAAGGGAGCGCUGUUAAACAGCCCAGGCGAGAUCGAGAGAGCCACAGAUCCGCCUCCUGAAUACACCGGCAGGAGUAACUCAUCUGGUCCCAGUCAGACCACAUACCGCCCACCGGCGCGGGAUCCCAGACCGAAGUUGGUUUAACGCAGCAGCGGAAAGAUACGCCAGACGGAGCCGAGGAUCCGCAUGGCUCAACCCGAAAGGCUCAACAUGGUGAUCGUAGGCGACGGUGGUUGCGGGAAGACCUCCCUGCUCAUGGCGUACUCCAAGAGAGACUUCUCGGAGAAUUAUGUGCCCUCGGUCUUUGAAAAAGUCACCACGACGUCCAAUUUUGGAGGCAGGAAUAUCAUUCUGAACAUAUAUGACACAGCAGGCCAAGAGGACUAUGACCGGCUGAGACCGCUGUCCUACCCGGACGCAAACCUCGUCUUCAUCUGCUAUGAUGUCACAAACCCCACCAGCUUUGAAAAUGUCCUGCUAAAGUGGUACCCAGAAGUUCAUCACUUUUGCCGGGGACUGCCCAUCCUCCUGAUCGGCUGUAAGACAGACCUGCGCAAAAACAAGGAGCAGACAAGAAAGCUCCGGGCCCUGGGUCUAGCCCCCAUAACCUACUUGCAGGGUGUGGAAGCCAUGCAGCAAAUCAAGGCGGAAAUUUACCUGGAAUGUUCCGCAAAGUAUCAGGAGAACGUGAUGGACAUAUUCCGGGAGGCUGUCAAGCGGGGGCUGGCAGCAGUCCAAAGGGCAAGGCAGGCACGCAGAAAGGCCAACUUAUGCACAAUGUUGUAAUACAGCGCCCCCUGAUGGACAGGCAGGGAAAGCAGUGGGGCCAUGAGCACUCAAAGACUCACCUGGACCGAUGGCUCCUCAGCUCCUUCACCACAGAUGCCUUUGUCAUAAAAACAUGUCUGCUUGGGCCGUUCGGUUCUUUGCAAAGUGUUUCCACUCAGGUUUGAAAGCGUAAAUAUUUUAUAGGAACCUGCUGGCAAUCUGAGGGCCUCCAUCCAUAAUUCACUCAACUGCUGAACUUAAGAACUAAGGACCUCUUUGCUGAUUCCCGCUAUUUUAUGUAAAGAACGUGAAUCGAGACUGAUACAGACUGUUAUUUUAAACAAGAAGAUAUUUAUUGAUGCCUAAUAUGACCUACAUUUGUUUUGCAGAGCUUUACUUUUUUUAAUAAAGAAAAACUGUACUGGGA